UCACCUUCGUCUUCUCUCUUUUGCCCCCAUCGUUUUAUCUCGCUGAAAGAGACGAAACGAAAAGCCCGAGCUGAAACAGGAUUUACUCGGCGAGGCAGAGGCCAAUCGAGUUCUGAGUUCUGACCUCCGACUUCUUCAAAGCUCGUCUACGAGAAGCGGCGAAGAGCACGAUUGCAUCCCAUCUUCCUCGACUCAGACGACCUCCUUUGAAGUUUGAACCAUGUAUCAUCCCACCAGAGGCGGCGUUCGCGGUGGCCGAGAUCAAUUCAGCUGGGAAGACGUUAAGGCCGACAAACAUCGAGAGAACUAUAUCGGUCACAGUUUAAAGGCACCUGUGGGGAGAUGGCAGAAAGGGAAGGACCUGCACUGGUAUGCCAGGGAUAAAACAUCAGAGGCAGCAGAUAUGGAGGCCGCUAGGGAAGAGAUAAAAAGAAUCAAAGAACAAGAGGAGCAGGCAAUGAGGGAGGCGCUUGGAUUAGCUCCUAAGCGCGCUAACAAGAACCUAGGAAGUCGACUUGAUAAGCAGGAGCUGAAAGAACUGGUGAAGCGAGGUUCGACCGCAGAGGAUUUGGGUGGAGGUCAUGCUGAAGCAGCACGUGUAGAUGGUCUGGGUUUCUCUAGACUGCCUCGUCCCUGGGAAGAAUCAAAUUCUGUUCAACCCAGUCAACUGGAAGUUUCAGCUGGCAUAGAGAAGGUUGUUGCUCCUGCUCCUGCUCCUGCUCCUGACUCAUCAGCAAGGAAGGCAGAUUCCAGUGAGGAGUCUGAGGACGAACGUAGCAGGAAGAAGAGGAGGCGGGAGGAGAAGAAGCGCGAAAAGCAUGAGAAGCGCGAGAAAAGACAUACUCGUGAUUCUGAAGACAAGAAACACCGUAAGCACAAGGGGAAGAAGAGACAUGAUUCAGAGUCAGACUAAGUCUCUCUUUUCGCCUCUUGUCAUCGCAAUAACAAUAGAUUCUAGUCCUUGUUUUCGGAAGGCACUGUAAAAGGUGCACCUUUGUUGGAGACUACUAUUGAUUGGUGUGGCGAGCGGAUGGAGAAGGACACUGACCUUAUAUUUAGUCUCAUGAUCACGAAAUUUUUCGA